CCGCUCCGCGCCGUUCCGCGCCGCUCCGCGCCCGCCGCCGCCGCCCAGGAGAGCUCCAGAGGAGGGAUCCCCCCGGCCCCCCCCGGCGCCCCCCUACCCCGGUCCGGCCCGGGAUGCUGCGUGGUGCUGAGCACUGAGGCGGGCGCCAUGGGGUGCGCGUCGUAGCCCCCCCCCCACCCCCCCCCCCCGCCGUGGCCCCCCCGCGCGUGGCACCGGUGGCGGAGCCCACUCGGUCGGUGCUGAGCGCUCCUUGAUGGAAUUGCGGUGAAUGGAACAGAAGCCCAGCACCCUGGACCCGCUGUCGGAGCCAGAGGACACCCGGUGGCUGGAUGGGAAGCGCAAAAGAAAGAGCAGCCAAUGUUUGGUGAAGAGCAGCAUGUCAGGGUACAUCCCUAGUUACCUGGACAAAGAUGAACAGUGCGUGGUGUGCGGGGACAAAGCCACCGGCUACCACUACCGCUGCAUCACCUGCGAGGGCUGCAAGGGUUUUUUCCGUCGGACCAUCCAGAAGAACCUGCACCCCACCUACUCCUGCAAGUACGAUGGCUGCUGCGUCAUCGACAAGAUCACCCGCAACCAGUGCCAGCUCUGCCGCUUCAAGAAGUGCAUCUCCGUGGGCAUGGCCAUGGACUUGGUGCUGGAUGAUUCGAAGCGGGUAGCGAAGCGGAAGCUGAUCGAGGAGAACCGGGAGCGGCGGCGGAAGGAGGAGAUGAUCAAGUCGCUGCAGCAUCGCCCCAACCCCAGCGCGGAGGAGUGGGAGCUGAUCCACGUGGUGACGGAAGCCCACCGCAGCACCAACGCCCAGGGCAGCCACUGGAAGCAGAAGCGGAAAUUCCUGCCCGAGGACAUCGGCCAGUCGCCCAUGGCCUCCAUGCCCGACGGGGACAAAGUCGACCUGGAGGCGUUCAGCGAGUUUACAAAAAUCAUCACCCCGGCCAUCACCCGCGUGGUCGACUUUGCCAAAAAACUGCCCAUGUUUUCGGAGCUGCCUUGCGAAGACCAGAUCAUCCUGCUGAAGGGCUGCUGCAUGGAGAUCAUGUCGCUGCGGGCGGCCGUGCGCUACGACCCCGAGAGCGAGACGCUGACGCUCAGCGGGGAAAUGGCCGUCAAGCGGGAGCAGCUCAAGAACGGCGGCCUCGGCGUCGUCUCCGACGCCAUCUUCGACCUGGGCAAGUCCCUCUCUGCCUUCAACCUGGACGACACCGAGGUGGCCCUGCUCCAGGCCGUGCUGCUCAUGUCCUCAGACCGGACGGGGCUGAUCUGCGUGGAGAAGAUCGAGAAGUGCCAGGAGACGUACCUGCUGGCCUUCGAGCACUACAUCAACUACCGCAAACACAACAUUCCCCACUUCUGGCCCAAGCUGCUGAUGAAGGUGACGGAUCUGCGGAUGAUCGGCGCCUGCCACGCCAGCCGCUUCCUGCACAUGAAGGUGGAGUGUCCCACCGAGCUCUUCCCCCCCCUCUUCCUCGAGGUCUUCGAGGACCAGGAGGUGUAGGGCUGCCGUGCCCCCCCCCCCCCCCCAAUCCUCCUCCUCCAGCCCUACACCCCCCACCCCCAUGAAAAAAAAAAAAAAAAAAAUUUUUUUUUUUUUUCUUAUCCCUCCCCACCCUCCCCCCCCACACUCCCCCACCAAGGGGUGAGGGCGGAGGGAUGCUGCGCCCGGAGGGGGGGUCCCCGCUGUGCCCCCCGCCCCCCCGCUGCCCCCCCCGCGCCCCAGGACUUGACGAAUUUUGUUUGUUUGCACAGGGAAGGGCCCCGACGGUCGAGCGUUUCCUUUAUUGUCCUUCUCUUCUUAGAUUAUUAUUUUUUAAGCAUUUAUUUCCCUCCCUGAGAGGCUAAAAUAUUAAACUAACUGCACUUUGGAAGGAGAGAGGAGGAGGAGGAGGAGGAGGAAGAGCAGAGGAGAGGAGGGGGCUCUGGGCUGCACAGGGAGAGGCUGCCCCGGCCGGGGGGGCCGCGGCCACAUGCACUUUUGGCCGGGCAGCGGUGCAGGAGCUGGGGGGGGCCAGGACCCCCCCAUAGCGGGGGGCACAGGGGGCACAGCAGCAGCGAGGGGGGGGACGGGACCCCCAGCCCGUGGGGGCGCAGGGCUGGUGGACACCCCCCCCCCCCCCCCAACACCCCGGUCCACUGGCCUCUGGGUCUGCCCCGGCUGGGGUGACCCCCCCACCCCACACCCCCCCCACACACACACACACAACCCCCCCUUCAAAUUCGGGGCCAGAUUUCGGGGCUUUGGUUUUUCUCUGUCUUUUUUUGGGCUGAGAGGAGACGAUUUUGUGCCAAGCACCGGUGGACGGUGGGCGCUGCGGGACGCUGGCGGGGGGGGGGUCGUGGGGACCUGCUGCGGCUGCCCCCCCCCCCACACACCCCCACCUUUUCCGUUGUCCUUUUUUUUUGUUGGUGUUUUUUUUUUUUGGUUUUGUUUUUGUUUUUUUUUGUUUUUUCCCCCUCGUCCUCGUGGGUUUAUUUGUCAUGUCCGUCAGGAGUUGCGAAGGCCCUGGAGGUGCUGGUGGGCGGGGGGGGGGGGAAAUGGGGGGGGGGCAGUGGGUGCCCUCCCCGGGACCCCCGCACGGCCUCCACUGCACUACUGCCCUGGCCCCCCGGCAGCAGCACUUCGGGGGGCUGCACCCCCCAACCGCCCCCCCUGCUCCCGGGGGGGGGGGGCUGGGCUGCGGUGGGGGCUGGCGGGGGGCUCUGGGGGAGGGGGGGGCCAGGCUCAGCGGGGGGCAGGGCUGCAGUGGGGGCGCCCAGGAAUGGUUUUAUCACCUUUUCCCGCCCCCCCCCCCCCCACCCCCCAUUUAGGUUUGUGAAUUUUUUCUUACCUCAGGCGGAGGCUGAGGGGGGGCGCGGGCCGGGGAGCAGCCGGCGAGGCAGGCAGCCUGCCGGGGCCCACCUAAGCUAAUAUAUAUAUAUAUAUAUAAAUAUAUAUAAAAUAUAUAAUUUUUGUAAUUAAAAAAAAAAAAAUCUUUUUACGGGUCGUUUAAAAGCAGAAAUCCCAACACGAGAUACUUCCCCCCCCUACCCUGGGCACAGGGGGCCAGGCCGGGGCCCCCCGCCGCACCCUGGCCCCCCCCCCCCCUCCAUGGGGGUGGUGUGGGGGGGCCCCGCCGGACCCCCUGCAGCCGGGUGGGGGGGUGCAGAGGGGCCGUGGCGUGGCAGGGCCGUGGCACCCGGGGGGGGGGGGGUCACGGUACCCUCGGCCCCCCCGCCGCAGGGCCAGCUUGGCAUUUGGUGCGAAAUGUCUUAAACCCUCACCCCGGGGGCCCGGCACGGCGAGGGGGGGGGAGGUGGGGGGGGGUCCUGGCGCAGCCCCCGGCGGGCACGGCUGCACCGGCUGCGGGUUGUGCAAUAGGAGCCGGUGCCAGGAGACACUAACGCCCGUGCCGGGGGGGUGCAGGGUUUGGGGAUUCACACCCCCCCACCCCGGCAGCACCGGCCCCCCCCCCCCCCCCUUCCCACCCCCCCCCCCAUGCCCACGGUCAGCCCCUGCCCCCCGCACGCCAGCCUUCACACGUGCCUUCGGGCGGGGGCUGCGGCCCCCCCCCCGGCACGGCACCCGGGGCUGUGCCUGUAACGGCACCGGGUGUGCUGGAGCGGUGGCCACGUAACGGCCACGCGUGCUGGUGGAAUGCCGGUGCCGUGGCCACGCCGUGCCCUGCAGUGGCCACACGUGCCGGCACGAUGCAGGUGCAGUAGCCACGCCGUGCCCUGCAGUGGCCACGCGUGCCGGCACGAUGCCGGUGCAGUGGCCACUCCAUGCCCUGCAGUGGCCACGUGUGCUGGCACGAUGCAGGUGCAGUGGCCACGCCGUGCCCUGCAGUGGCCACAUGUGCUGGCACGAUGCAGGUGCAGUAGCCACACCGUGCCCAGCAGUGGCCACGCGUGCCGGCACGAUGCAGGUGCAGUAGCCAUGCCGUGCCGGCACAGUGGCCACGCGUGCUGGUGCAGUGCUGGUGCAGUGGCCACACAGUGCCAGCACAGUGGCCACCUAUGCUGGUGCAAUGCCGGCACCGUGGCCACUCCGUGCUGUGCAGUGGCCCACGUGUGCUGGCAAAAUACAGGUGCAGUGGCCACACCGUGCUGUUCAGUGGCCACGCGUGCCGGCACGAUGCAGGUGCAGUAGCCACGCCGUGCCCUGCAGUGGCCACGCGUGCCAGCACGAUGCAGGUGCAGUAGCCACACCGUGCCCUGCAGUGGCCACGCGUGCCGGCACGAUGCCGGUGCAGUGGCCACUCCAUGCCCUGCAGUGGCCACAUGUGCCGGCACGAUGCAGGUGCAGUGGCCACGCCGUGCCCUGCAGUGGCCACAUGUGCUGGCACGAUGCAGGUGCAGUAGCCACACCGUGCCCAGCAGUGGCCACGCGUGCCAGCACGAUGCAGGUGCAGUAGCCAUGCCGUGCCGGCACAGUGGCCACGCGUGCUGGUGCAGUGCUGGUGCAGUGGCCACACAGUGCCAGCACAGUGGCCACCUAUGCUGGUGCAAUGCCGGUACCGUGGCCACUCCGUGCUGUGCAGUGGCCCACGUGUGCUGGCAAAAUACAGGUGCAGUGGCCACACCGUGCUGUUCAGUGGCCACGCGUGCCGGCACGAUGCAGGUGCAGUAGCCACGCCGUGCCCUGCAGUGGCCACGCGUGCCAGCACGAUGCAGGUGCAGUAGCCACGCCGUGCCCUGCAGUGGCCACGCGUGCCAGCACGAUGCAGGUGCAGUAGCCACGCCGUGCCCUGCAGUGGCCACGUGUGCCGGCACGAUGCCGGUGCAGUGGCCACUCCAUGCCCUGCAGUGGCCACGUGUGCUGGCACGAUGCAGGUGCAGUGGCCACGCCGUGCCGUUCAGUGGCCACAGGUGCUGGUGCAAUGCAGGUGCAGUGGCCACGCCGUACCGGCACGGUGGCCACGCGUGCUGGCAUGGUGCCGGUGCCGUGCCCGUGUGUUCCCGUGGCCAGACAGACCCCCCCCCACGCCAUGUGUUGCCCCCCCUUCGCUGCCCCCCCCCCCCGCCGUGGCUGGGCAGCGCUGGCGCGGGACGUGUCUUAAGCAGCGAACGUGACCCCCCCCCACCCCCCCCCCAGCCGGGUGCGGGCCCCCCCCCCUCCCCGGGCAGCAGCAUGGUGCCCUGGGGUGGCUCAUCCUGGGGGGGGGGAGGCUCAGCCCGGCCCCCCCCCUACCCCCCCACUGGCCAGCACACCCUCGCACUCCCCCCGUGCCCCCCCCCGGGCCUCUCCCUCUCGUCUCCGUCUCGCGUCGCCAUCGCACGUCCAGCAUCGGCUUCGCCCCGGGGAGGGCAGGACCGGUGCCCCCCCCCCCCGGCCACCACCUCCCCGGGCCGUCCCCGUCCCCGCGUCCCCCCCCCCUGUCCCCGCGUCCCCCCGUCGUCCCCCCCCCCCGACCCCCCCCAAGCACAUACCUCAUGGCUCCCAGAGCUGCCCCUGCUUGGGGCCGCGUCGAGCCCAGCUGGCACGGCUCGGCACGGCCUGGCACGGCUCGGCACGGCCCGGCACGGGGUCCCCCUACUAUGCAUGGUGCCGCGGCGGGGGCUGCGGCCGGCGUCGCUGAAUGUAGGGCGGGGGGACGGGGGGGGGGGGCCACUGAGCUCCGUGACAAUCACAGUCUGUGACGUGCGAUUUUAAACCCUUUUGUGUUUUGGUCAGGAUUUUAAAGAAAGAUAUUUUUAUGGUAA